AUGAACAGCAGAGCGAAUCAGUCGAUAUCACUCCUGCUGGGAGGCAAGCUCUUCCUUGCACCUAUCAAGAAAGAUGUUGAAAAAGUUCUUGAUGUGGGCACUGGCACGGGCAUUUGGGCAAUUGAUUUUGCCGAUGAGUUCGAAAAUACUCAAGUCAUCGGAACAGAUUUAUCGCCGAUCCAACCGACCUGGGUCCCGCCAAACCUCAAAUUUGAACUGGAUGACGCCCUGCAAACAUGGAGCUGGCCAGAAGGCGAGUUCGACUUUGUGCAUUUGCGCUACCUUUUUGGGGCUAUCGCCGACUGGGGUGCUCUCUUCAAGGAGGCGUUUCGAGUCUGUAAGCCAGGCGGCUGGGUUGAGUCUUGCGAGGUCGAUCCAGUCUUUCUCAGUGACGAUGGCACCACUGACAAGGAAUGGGGUAUAAAGAUGUGGAAUUCUCUUUAUAGGGAGGGUGGCAAGAAGUUUGGUCGAAGCUUCUGUGUUGUCGAGGAAGAUCUGCAGAUGCCAGCAUUCAAAGAGGCCGGAUUCGUUGAUAUUCAGCACGUCGACUACAAGGCAGGUUUUGACUGA